ACAUGGAUAUACCGCCUCUGAUGAAUGACAAUCUCGUUACAGAACUACGUCGCCCUUCAAAAACAAGAAUUUUACUUGCAAUAUUAGUGAUAUUUCUUGUUUUGUUGCUUGUUGUGGCAUGUGCAUUCGCCAUUCUUUUCGCUCUCGAGAAAAAACAUGAAGAUAAGGAUAUGGUGAACGUGUGCUACGAGAAGUCAUGCGUUAUUACCGCAGGAGAAAUAUCAAAGAAACUAAAUACAUCAGUUGACCCGUGUGACGACAUUUAUCAGUACAGCUGUGGAGGUUUCAUAGAAAAUAACUUCGUUCCUGAUGAAUACCGGAACUCUCAACUUUGA